AUGACAAUAACAGUAGAUGGGUGUAGCUGUAGGAACCCCAGAGUGCACCAAGACGCUCCAGUCCUCCAGGACAAUCUAAGUGUGGGACCUGAACCUGAAUCACCAGUUCCUCAAGCUCCCGAAGCCAAAGCCAGCCAGCCUGUGGCGAAAGAAGAAACAGCACCCCCAGCUGAUGCACCAGCCAAAGAAAAGUCAACCGCUGCCGCUGCCGCUGCGCUCUCGGCACCCUCGGAGCCUGAACCCACGCCUUCCUCAUUUCCUGAUGACACUUCCCUGAAGAACCACAAGCCCCACCUGGGACCCAAACCUCGCUCCCACAACAGGGUCCUCAACCCUCCUGGAGGAAAGUCUAGUGUGGUAUUCUACUGAUCAGCUGAGCGUGCCACCUCUCCCAGUUUGUGUCCAUAAACCUCUUUGUCUGCUCCCCUGUUAAUCUUCUCUCAUUCCUACACUGCUCUUUUGAUGGCCAUGUGGUUUGUACUCCUAAAUACAGCCCAGUUAUUGUUGUUGUUCACACCUGACAUCUGGGCUCAUAAGUGGUCCUCAACAUCUUGCACUUUCAUCCCCCGUUUCUGACUCCCUGCCGUCUGUCUUCUCCUCGAUAUUCUUCUAUAA